AUGUCUAACUCCGACACCACAGUCGAAUUGUCAUUGUCUUCUUCUUCGGUCUAUCACUUGUAUCGACGACGAUUCUAUAUUAUUUCACUUUUUGGCUUUCUCGCCUUCAAUCAAUGUCUCUUCUGGUUAACAUUCUCUCCCAUCGCGAGAAAUGCUGAAAUUUACUAUAACACAACCGAAGCAACGAUCGAUCUCCUUCUCAAUUGGGGAAAUAUUAUCUGCAUCCCGACCUUUCCAUUAGCUUAUCUUUUACUAAACAAACAACAAGGACUUCGAUUUUCGAUGAUUUUGUUUGCUGGGAGUUCUUUUGUCGCUUGUCUACUACGAAUUGUUCCGUCAAUAAUCACCUGGUCGUCGAAUGUGCAAUUGCACUCGAUUGCUGUGCCGUUUUUACAUGCCGGCCAGAUCCUUAAUGCUGCCUGCGCUCCGCUAGUGCAAAUAUCCGUAUCGCAGAUAUCUUGCAUAUGGUUUGGUCCGAACGAAAGAACGCGAGCGACAACAUUUGCCAUUACGAUCAAUAAUUUUGGAGCUGCAGUUGGAUUUCUUAUCAGUCCAUGGAUAGUCGACACACCGGAUCAUGUUCCUCGUCUUCUCUACAUUCAUGCAGGACUUGCUUUCGUUGCUUUUGCUUUGACUGUGAUCUAUUUUCCCUCACAUCCACCCACAGCCCCGUCACCCGCUGCUGAACGUCUCAGUUCCUACUCGUGCGAUGGCCACAAUUCGAGUCUCCUACAACGUUUUAUGAGAGAUCUCUGGCAAUGCAUGAUCACGCCAUCAUUCAUGCUUCUCUCCAUCGUCGGUGGUCUGACAACGGGUACAUUCAGUGCGUGGACAGGUUUGUAUGACGUCAUUCUUGCACCUGAAAACUAUACCGAAGAGCAAGCAGGUUGGUUUGGUUUUAGUUCGAUCCUAGCAGGAAUGAUCGGUGGAUUCUGUCUGGGUGCACUUGCCGACAUGCACCGUUUCCAUCGUUCACUUAAAAUACUGAUGAUCUCGUCCUUGAUUGGCUGUUUCCUCUCGAUUGUUUGGUUUGAACUUUCAGUUCAUACCCUAUUCUAUGACGACGCUAUUAUUUCAUCCACGCCUAUCACUAUCGGAUUGUCUAUUGCAUUAGCUGGCCUGUUCCAAGGAGCAUCGGCACCAUUGAUUUUCGAAUCACUUGCUGAAAUAAUGUUCCCACUACCUGAAUCCAUAUCGGCAUUGGCAAUCAAUCAAUGGAAUAAUGUUUCUGGCCUCAUUCUCCUUUUCCUUGCACCCAAUCGAUAUAAACUGAUGAAUUUACUAGUAUUAAUUGUCAUUGGUGUUUGUAUUCUGAUGAUUGCUGUAUCAAAAGUGACGUAUCAAAGACGCAACGACGAACGAACGAGAUUACUCGAUCAGCAGCACGAUAAAUCUUCAAAGACGGAACAUUCAUGUGAUAGCUCAAUCAUCAAUUAG